UAACCUGGGACUCAUAAGUAUCUUCCCUUCUCUCUCCCAAGCCAACGUUCCUUCUUCUCUCAUACUACUCGCACAAAUCCUUCCCUUCCUCGUGCGUCGUUCCGCAAAGCUCAACACACUCCACACAGUUUCAACACCAGCAGCCAGCAAUAAUGCUUUGGUUGUCGAUCCUCAUCGCUGUCUUCACGGCGAGCAUCUUGUCCUCAGCCUCCCCUACCACCGCUCAGGAUGCUAAGACUCGUUCAGAGAUCUUGAGCAGUCUCAAACUCGACGAUUUCGGUUUCGUGCAUUUCGCUGACGACGGUGUGGCUCGCUCCUAUGCUGGAAACGGAACAGUCAUCGACUACGCGCCCUUGACCAACGAGUAUCUCAUGGAAACAGCGCAGGUAAACCGCCCAUUCAUUAGCAACCAAUCGUAUCAGCACCUACUUGAGGUCUGGGACGGUGUCGACGGCCACAAUGUCACGUUUCCAGAACAAAUCUUUGACCCUCCUGCGUCAAUCCGCCCACCUGCUUCCGACUUCACACAGUCUCCAGACCAGAGCGAGGCUGCCGUUUCUGGAGCGGAGGAUUUGAAUGUUCGCCAAUUCGCCUGCGUGGGCACACGAUGCAGAUAUUCCAGGAACUGUCGGAUUGCAGGCUGCAACGGCUGUGGAAAGCUGGACUUGACAAUCAAAGAAUUCAUUUGUUACAUUUGAUCCGAAUAAGGUGACCGGCCAACGUCAUUGCACGAUAAUAUCGCCGUGAGACCGUCGGUCUGGCUAGUGACUUGAUCCAAGGCUGAACCAAGGAGUCGGAUAUGGUGAACGAUGGACGACAAGGCAGUCACUUUCUGCGCAUGCUAGAUAUCAAACUGUCCUGGGUCAGCUCGAAUAGACGACGCCCAAAUGACAUUCCAUGUCUUAGCUAAUCAAUCAAUUUCUCCCACAUUCCU